CACCAAUGAUUGCAGGUGGACUGUUCACAAUAUCUAAGAGAUGGUUUGAAGAACUAGGACAGUAUGAUUUAAUGAUGGACGUGUGGGGUGGAGAAAAUUUAGAAAUUUCAUUUAGGGUGUGGCAAUGCGGGGGUAGUCUAGAGAUCAUCCCAUGCAGUAGAGUGGGGCAUGUCUUCCGCAAACAGCAUCCCUAUACCUUCCCAGGGGGCAGUGGAAAUGUAUUUGCCAGGAAUACACGAAGAGCAGCUGAAGUCUGGAUGGAUGAAUUUAGAGAAUUUUAUUAUGCUGCAGUGCCUUCUGCGAGAAAUGUUCCAUUUGGAAAUAUCCAGGCAAGGUUAGAACUUAGAGAAAAACUUCACUGCAAGCCUUUUAAAUGGUACCUUGAAAACGUCUAUCCAGAAUUAAGGUGAGUCCCUUUAAAAUUCCCAGUAUCAUGCACCAUUCACACCAACGGAAUCGACUCCAAACCAACCGUAGUAAGCCAUUGUAGUUAGACCCCUUUCUCAUUACCAUCCUAAAACUGGAAACUAGUUUAACGUGUAAUGAGAACUCUGGAAGCGGUCUUGAAAGUGAUCUUCAAACUGGUUCGGAAAACCACCUCAUGAUGUAAUUUUCAAGAUCGCUUUGCCUCAUUAAAAUUGUUUUAGCAGUUCUUCAGGAAGCAAUUUUCGCACGCUACUCCGCACUCUGCAUGUAAAAUGUCUACGCUGCGGUUUCAAAUUUCGUGCGAAACAUGUCACCCCAAGUAGAGUGUUCCCAUAGCAACAAGAUCACUUUACCUGAAGCCCGUCUCACACUGUGCGAUCCGAUACGACAUUAUUUUUUAAUAAAUCACAUUUUGCAUUAAAUAUGAAAGUUCCAAAAAGAAAAAUUACUCUAUUUGAAGUUCGGCAUAAUGUUAGGAAUAAUGAAAUCAUCAUUUUGCUUUGCGGCAAGCCCUGUUGUCGGAGUUAAGUCCGAAUCGGCUUCAAGUUGCAGCGGAUGAUAUCGUCAUUACAAUUUGGAAUUGAAUUUGCUUUUAUUCCUACAUUGAGGCUCGAACUACAUUGAAUUUUGAUUUCAGUAGUUCUACAACUAUUCUGACCUCGGAUUGAUAAGAUUUUAUUGGUUGGAAUAUUCAUGUCAAAUGUUAUUAUGAUUUCUUCGAAAAUCGGAUCGCAAGGAAUCACGAAGUGUGAGCUGGGCUUGAAUUUUGUUUUGAAAACCACUUUUGGUUGAUCAAAUGGGAAUGCUAGCAAAGCGAUCUACCAAACUGGCUUCCUGAACCAGUUUCCACUGAACUAGUUUUAGAAUUGGAAUGAGAACGGUGUCAUAAUGCAAUGUCUUUGAUCCGGCUAGGGUUGGUUUCAUUAAGUGUGACUGGGGUAUUAAUGUUCAGUCAGAUUCUAGAACAUGGCCGGAAGGGAGAUUACACGUCUACCUGCAAUGCACAAGUGUGAAGUCAUUAACAUUCUGUAUCCGGCCAUGUUGUUAGAGACCAAGUCAAAGUUGAGAUGAAUCAACAGAGUGAAAUUACAAAAAAACCAUUCAGUUAAAGGGCACACAGACCAGCAGUCUUAAUAACCCCAUCUCAAGUCCUCAACUACUCACAACUGGUCAGGUUAAUUACCCAUAAUGCAACAGCCUGAGCAGUGUAGUCUUGUAAAAUAGACCCACUUGAAUGGUAACAGUAUAAUUUACUAUUCAAGACAUUCAUACUGCAGUAAUUAAUAAUAAUAAUAAUAAUAUGCAAUACUUAUAUAGUGCUCAAUACAAUGUUUCUAAGCGCUGCAUACUAUUACCCCGGCUUUAGCACUGCUUCCCUGAUCGGGCACAUAGAGCAUUUAAGAAUUUUUUUCCUACCGGGUACUAAUUUACUACACCUGGGUGGAGAGUGGCAAAUGUAGAUAAACGCCUUGCCAAAGGAUGCAAGUGCAGCGGUAGGUUUUGAACCCCGACCUUAUAGUUCAAAGUCCGGAGACUUAUCCACUGAGCCACAGCACCUCAUUAUGCUACCAAAUAGCAUUAGAGGUACCGCUCCUUUCAAAAACAUUUAGUUUCUGAAAUAGAAAUAUAGGCUAAUUUCUCUACAUUAUUGUUAAUAAUUAUAUCAAAAGGUUUAUUUUACAACUAGCCAUUUAUACAGUCACAGCUCUUUUAUCGUUGUUGAUGGAUGUGUAUUUCAAACAAACUUAUACCAUUGUUUGUCACUGGUAUGUUCUGUUUUGACAUAAAAGUUCUCCUCUAUGAAUGUUGGAUUCCCUUUACCUUUAAUGUUCAAUUUCAAUGGGAAGUAUUUGAUGUGUAAUGCAAUCGGGCGAUAUCCCUGUUCCUGGGAGCAUUGUGACUUUGCUGUCUGUUUGUCAUGUCACGUCAUCUGCUUCUAACCUAAUUGAUGUUAACUCUAAGUAAUAGUUUGUGAGCUAAUACUCUCAAGUUUUGUUGAGAGUUGAGGAUAUGACAAGAUGGAUCUAGAGCGGGGGGAGGGGUGGAGGGAGAAAGAGAGUCAGACAACUUGUACAGAGAGGAACAGUAAGAAAGAAUGGCCGAGAGAGAGAGAAACAGACAGAUAGACUGAGAGAGAGAGAGAGAGAGAGGGGCAGGCAGCGGAAAAGAGAAAGAGGGAGAGAGACAGAGGAGCAGAAAGAGAGAGAGAAACAGAGGAAAAAAACAUUCACACCAGCAAAACUUAUUCCAAUAUCUUUCAAAGGGUUGCGAUUGAUCCGAUCAACCACAACUAUGGAAAGCCAGCAAUGCCAACAUAAAAAAUUGAUGUUCAAAAUUUUUUUUCAGAUAUGAUGUAUACUUAGGCAUUCGUCAUUGUCUUGACAAUUUAGUUUGCUCCUCCUUGUUUAAAGGGAUCGUUUAACAUUGUGAGAAGCUGAUUUAAAAAAUUCUCAAAUUAAGAUGAAUUAUGUUUAUGAGUUUAUGUACUUGUUCUAAGAAACCCUAGAAAUCAUCUUUAUUUUGAAUGAAAAGUUGUUAGUAGGUAGGAAAAUGUGAUUAUAUUAGAACUCGUCUACUAGACGAUUUCCCAAAUCACUGUGACAUCCCGAUUUGAAAAUAAAAUUGUAUGCCUCCCUCAGCGUUGAGAUCGUAACGGACACGCAAGCGAGAACUGUCAAUCAACCAACAGUGAAUGGGGGCAAGGCCGCUCCGGCCGGCAUGCACUGAGAAUUGUAAACAUUACAUGCAGCGCAUGUUCUCUGCUGGCUCUUUUCUAUAGUGCCUUGACGGUUCUAGUCGAAGCAGAGAAAGUAGUAUG